AUGGCUAAACGGACAGCUCUGAUAGGUAAAUGUGUCUCCUCGGGGCCUCCGGCCGUCACGGUGAUCCCGGCGCGCCGCCUCGCCGGCCCCUCGCCGAGCCGGGCCCUCUCCCGCAGAACGUCGUUUCCUCCCCGGUUAAAUAUCCCCAGCCCCUUUGAUUAUGAACCGGUUAGCCGGGAGGCGGCAGCAGCCUCGAGAACUCCCAUCCGCUUUUCCGCGGGCGUGCGCGAGCAGUUGGAAGACUACCCUGGGCACGCGGAACUCCACCACAGCAGCUCAUCCCAGCAACCGGUGACGCGGCCCGCAAGAGGCCGACCACUGGCCAGCCGGGGAAAGCGGGACUGGAGCGUGACUCCCUAUCCCGAGGCGCCUUCCCAGCUCGCCCCACUCGGCGGCCGCGCGCUCCGCCAGCCCCUUCCUCCCUUCAGCGCCCUAGUCCCGAAGUCCGGGAGGCGGGGGUCGGCGAGCCAGCUGAGUGGGAACCGCGUGGCGUACAAGGAGCCAGUCGGCGACCGAUUUCCUCCCAGGCAUAGACCCCUAUGCUUCCAGGGCAAACUCCAGCAUGGGGUGAGGCCCGUGCCCUGGGAGGCAGAGGGCCUUCAGAAAACUGAAAGCAGCGCGCAGUUUGAGGCGGCAGACCCCGGCGUGGGAGUGGCACACUCCAGCCCGGAUCCCGAGCGCCCCCCAGCCUAG